CCCAACUUUCUUCCUAUCCAAAACCCUGCCAUGCAGAUCUAUGUCAUUAAUAUUUCAGCAUCAGCUAUUCACAGGCAUUGGGUACAUUGCAGUGCAUCUCAUCAAUAAGAGCUGGCAAAGGCUGUGUAGUUCACCACACUGCCUUCAUCCAGCAGAGGAAUAAGAGCAAAAGAUAGCAAGAGACUAAGACGCAGAGAGACACUGAACAGCCACAGCAGGGUAAGAUUGCAUAGUGCAAUCAGUGUUCAUUGAGGUGCUUUUCACCAUCAUCCUUGAAUCAGAUCCUGCAGGGAGUACCCAAGCAAGCAAGCAAGAAUGGAUGUCUUUAAGAAAGGUUUCUCCAUUGCUAAAGAAGGUGUGGUGGCUGCAGCAGAAAAGACCAAACAGGGAGUGACUGAGGCUGCAGAGAAGACCAAAGAGGGUGUGAUGUAUGUAGGUACCAAAACCAAGGAGGGAGUUGUGCACAGCGUGAGUUCAGUUGCUGAGAAAACCAAAGAGCAGGCCAAUGUGGUGGGUGAAGCGGUUGUGGCCAGCGUGAACACAGUGGCAAGACAGACUGUAGAAGGAGCAGAGACCAUUGUAACCACUACUGGGAUUGUAAAAAAGGAUGAGUUAUCUCACCCAGAGCACCCUACAGAACCAGCUGCUGCAGAAGAAGAACCCCGAGCAGAAGCCAUAAAAGCCAGUGGAGAGGGUGAAAAUAAGCCAAUUAAUCAAUUUCAGGACAACUAGUGUGAACAUGAGAAUUCCAGGAGUACACACUGAAAUGUUAGUAGACACCAUAGUAGGGAAAUCAUCCUUCCCAUAGACAACUACUUUCAGCGCUAUAGCCUUUCACUUGCCUCGCUAACAUAUCAUACAAUAUAUGUAUGUCAGACUCUUGAUUCUAUGUAUAUGGCAACUGUUCACUACCGUCUGUCUCUCUCUAAGCAUCUCUAGCUCCUUUGUGGCUUUUUACUUUCCCAUCUUUGAGUGUUCUGACUGUCUGGUUUGUUAGCAAAUGACAUAUUGCGGUUAAAAUCACUGGUCAAUGUCUUAUCACCAUUUGCAUCAGCACUUCGAAUCCCUAGGUAUGAUGACAAUGAUUUUUUUUAAACUACAAAAUAAAAGUGUUUGAACUACUUU